AUGACUAUCCCAGGCACACACGAUAGCCCUGCAAGGACAACAAUACCUUUCACAAAAACACAGAAUCUUACCAUCACACAACAGCUCGCUCUGGGCAUACGCUUCUUUGACCUCCGACUACGGCUGCACAAGGACGGUCGCCUGUACUGCUACCACGGCGGCAUCCCCCUGGGGUGGCCGCGCACCCUGUCCUUCGAGUCCGUCAUGGACGAGAUCUGGGACUUCCUCAACCCUCCCUCCGCGGAGAACGAGCCGACCGAGACGGUCCUCAUCUCCAUCAACAACGACAACAACUCCCGCGGCAUAGGCAACGCGCCGGCGAUCUUCUACAACGCCAUCGGCGCCGCCAUCAUCUCCACGCCGCCCUACCCGGACGGCACCUCCCGCUGGGUGGUCGAGACGGUGACCUCGCGGCUGGGCGACGUGCGCGGGCGCGCCGUGCUGCUGCGGCGCUACCCGGGCCACCCGGCGAUCAAGCCGGCGCUGCGGCACGGGCUCGACCUGAGCGCGUGGGUCAACGACAGCCCGGACUUCACCAUCGUCACGCCGACCGGCGUCGUCGUGCGCCUGCAGGACAAGUGGAAGUACUCGGAGCGCAUCGGGCUGCGGGACCUCGUGGCGUCCAAGAGCGCGUACGUCGAGGCCAUGUUCCAGCGCGCCAUGUCGUCGCGGCCCUCCACGCCCUCCGGCUCGGACUCGGACCCGGACUCGGACUCGGACUCGGACGCCUCCGUCGACGACUUCGUGCUGGUGCGCCCCCGCCACGACGCCACGAGGACGUCCCCCUCGAACCGCGGCGAGGUCUGGUUCGUCAACUUCUGCAGCGCGGUCGGCGAGCCGAUGGAGCACGGCGAGGUCGCCCAGGCGCGGUGGGUGGCGGUCGGCGGCUACAGCAACGCCGGGGAAUGGAUCGACGGCGUCAACGUCUCGAUCGGCGACUACCUGCGGAAGCAAGGGGCCGGCGGCGCGGGGAAGAGGCGCCUGGGCAUAGUGCCCAUGGACUACCCUGAGCUGCCGCAGGGCAACGACCUUGUCUCGCAGCUAAUCGAGACAAACUUCUAG